CGUAGACGUGAGAAUUGUCUGUGUUGGAGACUCUCGCUCUCCGUCUGUACUCUAUGGUGUUUCCGGCUUCCUGUCCUCACUGAGAGACACAUGUGCGCUGUGUGGGGACUGAAGAUCUGAGUGAUGGAGGGGGAAGAAGUUCGUGUGGUUCGAUGUGGGGGGAGCAGGAUUAAUAACCGGAGAGCCGUGUUCUCUGCUGAUGCCAAGUUUCUCAUCUGUGUCUCUGGGGACUUCAUCAAAGUCUUUAGCACUUCCACACAGGAAUGCAUUCAUGUACUACACGGCCAUACUGCUCUGGUGACUGGAAUUGAGCUGAACCCAAAGAAUCACCUGCAGCUUUACUCCUGUUCUUUGGAUGGUACUAUUAAAUUAUGGGACUUCAUGGAUGGUAUACUAAUAAAGAAUUAUUUAAUAGAUGUCAAAUUGUUUGGGUUUUAUACUAAAAUCAAAGAAGACCAUGUGUACACAAUUGUACUGAAAAAUAACAGUGAAGCUUCAGACGCUUUUCAGCUGGUUUCUAUAAAGUUACCAAAAUCAGCAGAACAUGAAUGUGAAGCCAAAGAAAUGUCAGUAAUAUUUGAGGAUAUUAGUAAAUCCCCAAAAUGUACAGCAGUUGGAAGAGAGGGUGAAUAUGUUGCCACUGUGAAAGGAUUAAGCCUCUUGGUCUAUUUCAACAACAAAAAAUGUUUCAGAUUCAGUUUAAGUUCAGGAAGCAAAAAGGGUGGCAACAACAUAUUCACUGUUGUGAAAUGCCAUCCUAAUGAAGACUGCAUAGCCACAGGACACAAAGAUGGCAAGAUUAGACUCUGGAGAAAUUUCAAUCACAAUCAAGAAUACACAUACUCCACCCUUCACUGGCACCACGAUGCUGUUGCUGAUCUUGCCUUUUCUGUGCAUGGUACUGUGUUGUUUAGUGGCGGUGUUGAAUCUGUGCUGGUACAAUGGUCUUUCAACCUGGAACAGAAGAAGGAAUUUCUGCCACGUUUAGGUGCAGCUAUUGAACAUAUUUCAACAUCACCUGAUGGCUCUCUGCACUGCACAUCACAUAAAGAUAACAAGAUAACGAUUAUUGAUGUGGGUUUAAAAGCAACAGGGAUCAUCCAAGGACUAGUAAAAGCAACGGAUGUAAAGACUGGUUUGAUUUGUGACCCUAGAAGCAAAGCUCUUGUUCUCAAUGGUAAACCUGGUCAUCUUCAGUUUUAUUCCCUUCAUGAUGACAAACAGCUCUUUAAUCUGGACAUUGUACAGCAAGAGUUUGUUCACCAGUCGGGGCUCCAGUAUAUGGAUUUGGUCAAGGCAGCAUUCAGCAAUAAGGGAGAAUGGUUAGCAACUGUGGAAGAGUUGCAAGGAAAUACAGACACCCUUGAUGUGCAGAUGAAGCUCUGGGAGUUUAAUGUUCGGCUUCAGAGCUUUGUACUAAAUACCACAAUCAGUAUGCCACAUGAAGACAGAAUAACAUCCCUAGUCUUUCAGAACAAAGGUGAUUCGGAAGAAGGUCAUCCAGCUUUAGUGACUACAGGAAAUGAUGGUCUAUUUAAAGUCUGGGUACUAAGAGACAAUUCUGACAUUUAUAAACAAAGCACUGUCUGGAGCUGUGAUUUUGUCGGAAGUUACCACAGAAACAAGGCCCUUGGCUGUUGUUUUUCUGAAGAUGGCUCUCUUUUUGCUGUUGGCUUUGAAGAAGUUAUUACAAUAUGGGAGACUAGCACGUGGGACUUACAGCAUACCUUCUGUCAGCCACCUGGAAAAAUAAGGAGUGUGUGUUUUGGAAGAUUUAAUUGUUCCAAAUAUCUUGUUGCCUCAACUGACAGUGGAUUCAUAAAUUGCUGGGACCUGCUCACAUGUUCAUUGGCAUGGAGGGCUCAGAUUGAUGCUACAGUUCUACAGCCGGAUGUACUCUCAGAAAAUAUUGCUGCCUUCUCCUUUGCUUCUGGAGGAUCAAACUUGUUCAUAUUCAGUCCUAUGGAUCCUAUGCCCCUAUAUGUCCAAGAGAAUGUCUGCCAAGACAGUGUUCAGUGUUCUGUGUUUGUGCCAAGGAUUGUGCCCGCAUCUGUAUCUUUGGUAAAGCACAGCUGGCUCGUCAGAUCCCAACUUUAUUUCCUCACAGAAUCUCAGGACCUUUUAACGUUCAGUACAAAGUCGCCAGAAGAGAGCAUGGAACCAAUAAUUAAACAAAUGGUAUCAGAAGAAAGCCUGCCUUACACACCUUUCUACACGUUGUUUGGGAAGAAGCAGCAACAGAAACCAGAUAAUCCAACCUGGGGCUCGGUGGACUCCGAGAAAACGCACCCUGCUGGACAUACAACUCAGACAGCUGCAGUUAAAGAGCUGCUUCUUCAUACUCCAGCUCAUGUACUCCCACCUCCAUCCGUUUUAUGUAAAAUGUUUGUAAAUUCUUUAUUGAUCGCCAAGCAGAAUAUAUGCCCAGAGCCGUUUAGCGAAGAGGUGGAAAGUGAAAUUGCAGAUGCCGAUACAGAUUCAGUUGAAGAUCUUCAGGAAAAAGAAGGUCAAGAUUCUGUUCCCUCUAUUAUUCCCACCAAAUAUGCUCAACUAUCCAAAGCCCAGGAAAAAGAACUGAAAAGGAUACGAAAGACAGAUUUCAGCUGGGUAUCGGUUUUGUGUGAAAAUUUAUGAUGCUGGCAUUUUUAUAAUUUGUAUUUCAUUUAAAGUAUAUCUUUUUCAAUAAAUGUAUAUGGAAAUGAAAGAUUUUCUUUAUCUUC